UCUGGCCCGUGCGUAUAAUUUUUCGGCCUGCGUCGCAUUUCGACGCUUAAUGGGAAGAUUUUAUUCGGUCUCCCGCCCAUCACAUUCAAAAUGGCUCCUCGCGCGAGCUCCCCAGCGCUUUCAGAGAAUGAGUUCGAUAUUGGGUCAGCACUUUUCGGCAACGACGACGGCUUCGAUGCGCAAACGAACGACCUUUCUGCCGAUUUUGGUGUGAAUCUGGACAUCCAUAAUGACGACGAUGGCUCCGACGAUGAAGCUUUUAUUGCUGCCACCCAGGCUGCCUCAAACCGGAAGGCUUCGAACGUGAAGGGCAACUCCGUCAAAAAGGGCGGCGGGUUUCAAGCCAUGGGUUUGAAUGCUGCUUUGUUGAAGGCGAUUACGAGCAAAGGCUUCAAAGUCCCGACUCCAAUCCAACGCAAGGCUGUACCGUUGAUAAUGGAUAGACAAGAUGUAGUGGGAAUGGCUCGUACAGGAUCCGGGAAAACUGCCGCUUUUGUUAUACCUAUGAUCCAAUCUCUAAAGGGACACUCGGCGAAAGUUGGAGCUCGUGCUAUCGUGCUCUCUCCUUCGAGAGAGCUGGCUUUGCAAACGCUGAAGGUUGUCAAAGAGCUGGGUCGAGGUACCGAUUUGAGAACCGUCUUGGUCGUAGGAGGAGACAGUCUCGACGAACAAUUCAACUCAAUGACUAGCAACCCGGAUAUCAUAAUAGCCACUCCGGGCCGCUUUCUACACUUGAAGGUGGAGAUGGAUCUGGACCUUUCAUCUGUGCGAUAUAUUGUCUUCGACGAAGCCGACCGGCUGUUUGAAAUGGGUUUUGCUGCUCAGUUGGCCGAAAUUCUCCAUGCCCUACCGACGUCAAGGCAGACACUGUUAUUUUCCGCUACACUUCCCAAGACCUUGGUGGAAUUCGCUCGAGCCGGUCUACAAGAUCCUAGGUUGAUUCGUCUUGAUGACUCUAAAGUGUCACCUGAUCUCGAAAGUGCUUUCUUCAUGCUUAAAAGUGCUGAGAGAGAUGCCGCUUUGCUAUAUCUCCUCGAAAAAGUCAUCAAAAUCCCCACGGGUAAGACAGAAGCAGCAAAAAAUGCGGAGGAGGCAGCUGCAACUGGGAAUCACAAGAAGAGAAAACGGGCCCCCGAAGGUUCAAAGCCUAACGAGCUGCCUACUGCAAACUCCACGAUCGUAUUUGCAGCAACAAAACAUAGAGUGGAAUACUUGUCGACUCUUCUGAAGACGGCUGGGUAUUCUGUAUCCUACGUCUACGGAAACCUUGAUCAAACGGCAAGAAAGGCGCAGGUUCUGGAUUUCAGACAGGGCUUAUCGAACAUCCUUGUGGUGACAGAUGUUGCUGCACGAGGUCUGGAUCUACCAUAUCUUGCAAAUGUCAUCAAUUAUGACUUUCCCUCUCAACCAAAGAUAUUCGUUCACCGUGUGGGGCGGACAGCAAGAGCUGGAAGAAAGGGUUGGAGUUACAGUUUGAUUCGCGAAUCGGAUGCUCCUUACCUAAUAGAUCUACAAUUGUUCCUUGGGAAAAGACUCGUUUGCGAUAGAAAGUCAGUAGGUGGAGAACCAAACUUCGCGCAGGACGUAAUCGUUGGGACCUUCAUCCAAGAUGAGCUUGAGCCUAUGGUGGAAAGAGUCCAUGGAUUGCAUGAUGCCGAAUAUGAUCUCCAUGAUCUCGAAAAAGUUGCCGGGAAAGGUGAAGCCCAAUAUAUUCGGACGCGCAAUUCUGCCAGCACCCAAUCCGUCAAGCGAGCUAAGGAGCUAUUAGCCUCUCGGAGCUUGUCUAGCACUCAUUUGCUGUUCGGCGACGAAGUUUAUGAUGCGUUAAGAGAAAAAGAGAAGAUGCUGGAGAAGAUCAGUGCUUUUAGGCCAACGGAAUCAAUUUUCGAGAUUAGUCACCACGGUACUAGCAACACUGCAGCAGAGGUCAUGCGUAAAAGACGAGAGCAAAUCGACAAGAUGAAACAGAAAAAAGCGCGACAAUCUGAUGAUUUGGACGUUGCAGAAGAUACCCCGGAGUCCAAACAAGCAAAAGCUCUCGAUGGGGACUCAGACGAUGCAGAAGAACUCGAAGAUGUGGAUAUUGGGAGUGACUCAGAUGAAGAGUUGGAAGUCUCCGUCUCACAUCCAGAGUCUGGUAAGACAGGCAAGGAUGACUUCCAAAACUCGGAAUUUUUCAUGUCAUAUCAACCCAAAGGCAUCAACGUGGCAGAAGAUAAGGGAUACGGCGUUCACUCAGGUUCAUACAACACUGCUCAACAACAGAGUUCCAAUUUCGUCGAGAGCGCUCGGGCAGCACAGUUUGAUCUCACCAACGACGAAACGCGAGGUUUUGCAGAGCCGAGCAAAGCUCGAGGGAUGCGCUGGGACAAGAAAUCCAAAAAGUAUGUGGCUAGGACAAACGACAUAGACGGAUCCAAGGGCGCCAAGAUGAUUACAGGAGAGAGCGGCCUCAAGAUUGCGGCCAGCUUCCGCAGUGGACGAUUCAAUGAAUGGCGUAAGACGAACAAGGUUGGCCGGCUACCGCGUGUAGGCGAACUGGAGACGUCUGCAAAUCGGGCUGCGUCGCAUAACAGCGGGCAGCACUACAAGCACAAAGCACAAAAGGCACCCAAAGAAGCUGAUAAGUAUCGUGACGACUACCAUGUCCAAAAGAAGAGGGUCGAGGAGGCGAAGCAAAACCGUAUCGGCAAGUUCAAGGAUGGCAGCGGCAAGAGCGAACUCAAAGGAGUCGAUGAUGUCCGGAAAGACCGGCAGCUCAAACAGAAACGACAGGAGAAGAACGCCAGACCUACUAAGAAAAGGAAGUUCUAA